GAGCUUCUGAUAAGCCCGCGUCCUUAGGUCUCAGGGGAAUCCCACGAUUACCACUUCCUCGUCUUGGCGGCGGCGAUGGCGGCGCAGGAGCAAGGAAUGAAGGCAUCUUCGUACUCCGGAUCUUGACACCGAAGUCGUAUGAUGAAGAAAUUUCCGGUGUUAGUCUUUGGGUCUUUUACUGAAGAUGAGACCAAGUUAUUCCAAAAACAGUCUGAAGAUGAUUCACAUCCUGUAGAAAAAGAAGGAUUGCAGUUUGGAUCCUUGAAUGCUCCAACUUCAUAUGAAGGCUCUAAUAUAGAGGCUAGAAAAGUCAAUUCAUCAGCAAAUGCAAAAGGUAUCCAAAUUUCAAAUUUAACUGGAAACACCCAAGGAUGCACCACUUCAUCAACAUCCAAGAAUGAUAAUAAACUUGUGAAUACAAAAAUCCAAGCAAAUGGGUGCUCCAAUAGAUGUUCUUCCCACACUAUAGGAGUUACUGAAAAUGGGCACUGUAACUCUGAUUUAUCUUCUUUUCUUGAAUCUGAGCAUGGAGCCACAAGCACAACUAUAGCAGGCCCAAAAGACGGGGUCCAAGUGUCAAAGAUCCACAGUGUGCCUGUUGACUCAGGAGCAGUUGCAACUCCAUCUGUGGAAACUCUGAAAACUAAUAGUGAGAAAGAGCAAGUGGUUAGAUGCUUAUUACCCCGUGGGCUAAUAAAUUCUGGAAAUCUAUGUUUUUUAAAUGCAACAAUGCAAGGACUUCUCUCCUGUCCACCAUUUGUUCAACUACUGCAGGAGUUAAGGAAUCGGAGUAUCCCGAAGAUGGGCUUUCCAACUUUGCAUGCAUUUGUUGAUUUUAUAUGUCAAUUUGACGUGCCUAAGGAUUCAAGAGCUACUAAUGAUGGAAAGAGAGCUAUUGAGACUGGGAUGCCUUUUAGUCCAACUAUGUUUGAUGCUGUUUUGAAAGGUUUUACUCCAGACUUGCCAACUGGAAUAUCUGGAAGGCAUAGACAGGAAGAUGCUCAGGAAUUCUUGAGUUUUAUCAUGGACCAAAUGCAUGAUGAAUUGUUGAAGCUUGAUGGCUGUUUAUCAGAGUUUAAUGGCGGCAAGUUACCUAUUGUUUCUUCCGCCGAAGAAGAUGGCUGGGAAACUGUUGGACCAAAGAACAAAUCUGCAGUCACCAGAACUCAGAGUUUUGUUCCUUCACAGCUAAGUGCAAUUUUUGGGGGUGAGUCAAGGAGUCUUGUGAAGACAACAGGCAACAAGGGUUCUGCAACAGUUCAGCCAUUCCUCUUGCUCCAUCUUGACAUUUUCCCAGAGACUGUUCAAACUAUCGAGGAUGCACUACAUUUGUUCUCUGCGCCAGAAGUUCUUGAAGGAUAUAAAGCAUCACAUGGCAAGGCUGGGGUUGUAGAUGCUAGUAAAUCAGUGAAAAUACAAAAACUUUCCAAGAUAAUGAUACUGCAUUUGAAGAGGUUCAGCUACGGAAGCAACGGAAGCACAAAAUUGCUCAAGCCUGUUCAUUUCCCAUUAGAGCUUGUCAUCGGACGCGAACUACUCGUUUCCCCAUCCGAGCGGCGGAGAUACGAGCUUGUGGCGACUAUAACGCACCAUGGGCGAGAACCCACAAAGGGCCAUUACACUGCAGAUGCAAGGUAUGGUGAUGUAUGGCUUCGGUAUGACGAUGCAUCUGUCACAGCAGUUACUACGAACAAGGUCCUGCAUGACCAGGCGUAUGUUCUUUUCUAUAAGCAUAUUCAAUGAUCCAUGUCCUACUUAAUCUGUCACCCGAUCUCAGGAUGUUGUGUACAUGAAAACCGCGGUUGAGAUCAGAAUUACUUAUGUGGUUACAUGUAGAGUUCUUAUCAGUAUCUGGAUUAGGCAGGAUUGAGGUGUCAGAGGUUCCCCCCCUAUUUUGCCACAGUCAAUGUAUACUGGCCUAAAAGCCAUUUUUAUACUAGAGUUAUUAUUUCUUCUUUUUGUCGCCA